CAAUCGUGUCCCGGAUGGCUACUUCUCCUUGUGCCGAAACGGCGAAAAUGGCGACGGCAUCUUCAUGCCCUUGGGAUCCCGCCAUGGCCUCCUACUCAUCUACCACUUAGCGCGGUACCAGCUCUUGGUGUGGGAUCCCUUCAACGUCGACCUACACCGCCUAGCCGUUCCCCCGGAGUUCGAUCGGCUGAAGGCCCUGUUCAACGGGGCGGUUUUUCGCGCCGCCGGAGACAUUCAACACUUCCGGGUGGUCUUAGUAAGCACAGAGACAAACGAGCAGCAACAUACAUGGGCCAUCGCCCGCGUUUACUCGACGGAGACUGCCAUAUGGGGUGAUCGCAUAUCAACACCACUUCCAUCCAAACUUCCCAUCAAGAGUCAUAUGUACUUUAACAUGGGUGUGCUAGUUGGGCAUUCCCUUUACUGGUUGUUCAAUGACAGAUCGACAAAAACUCUACUAUUGGAUGGCAUACUUGAGUUUGAUUUGGAGAAGCAGAUCCUAGCUGUGAAACCAGUACCAGUGGGUAUUCCCAAGGAAAACAUGUGCCGAUUCCAGGUUAUGCGGGCAGAGGGUGGUGGCCUUGGCAUUCUCUUUCUGUCAAAUUUCAGCGCCCAAUUAUGGAAGGUGGAGACCGAUUGUGAUGGUGCUGCUUCAUGGGUGCUAGGAAGAACUGUUGAACUGGAUAAGCUACUUUCCAUUGAUUCAAGGAAGAAGAGGAAAUGGCACCAAAACAUAGAGGGGUUUGCUGAGUACAAUAAUGUGCUGCUCCUACGGACACCUACCGACCUCUUCAUGAUCCAGCUUGAGCCACUGCAGUUCAAGAAAGUUUCCAAGACCAAGAAGUGGGCUCGCUAUCAUCCGUUUGAAAGUGUUUAUGCUGCAGGAACGAGCAUUGGUGGUGGACAUGAUGGAGCUAAACUUUUGCACAAUACAUAAGAUGAUUGAUCAAAUGGAUAUGCUAUUGUGAUGUAUUAAAUGAGGGAGUAAGCUUAUCUUUUUAGUAGUAGCAGAAUGGAAUAUUUCCCUUUCUUUUGCUUAAUUGAUAUUUUCUGUUUACUUUUACUGGCUGCAACAUUGCAUUUGCUAUUUUUGUGGCUACUACUCAAGUAAUUGAUACCCAACAAUACCUGAGCAUUUGGCUUCGAACUUCAUUUAUUAACUUGGGCCUAUAUAGAUUGCAAUUCAUAUUGCUGUUCAUUUGGGAUUGUUGUAA